CCGGAAAGAUUAAUAAAUUUUUCUUUAAAGCACAAUUUACUAUUAAGAUUUGUUAUUAGAGAUCACGCCAUAGACGAGGCGAAAUGGCCGCCGCCGCCGACAGGCCUCCCAAAACGCCGACAAAGUCAACACGACUCCCAGUGGGUUUAUUUGCUGCCCAGUGUGAGGAAUGCUUCAAAUGGAGGUUAAUAAGUACCCAAGAGGAGUAUGAAGGUAUUAGAAGCAAAAUUAUAGAAGAACCUUUCACUUGCCAAAGGAAAACCGAUACUUCUUGUGAAGAUCCUCCCGAUAUUGACUAUGAUACAACUCGAACAUGGGGAAUUGACAAACCCAACAUCCCAAAGACCCCAGAAGGUUUCACAAGACGUUUAGUGCUGAGAAAGAACUUCACUAAAUUCGAUGCUUACUAUGUUACACCCACAGGGAAGACAGUGAGAUCUUCAACAGAGGUGUUAGCUUUUGUAGAAGCAAAUCCUCAAUACAAAGAUAUAGCUCUUUCAAACUUCAGUUUUGCUGUCCCAAAAAUUAUGGAAGAAACUGUUCCUGAAAGCAUCUUGAAAGAGGGUUUAAAUAGCAGCAGUGCCAAAAGAAUUAAGAAAACAAAGAAUGAAUCUGCCCAUACUGAAUGAAAAUCACUAGGGAUUUGCUCGUAGCAUUCUAUUGUUGAUCUUAACCCUUGUGAAUGAUUUGAUAUUGUGCCGAAAGAUGUAGAAUGAUGAUUCUCCACUAUUGUUUGUACCAUUUUCUUGUUCACUUAUGAGGAGAGUUGGGGUAUAUGGUAUCAUAUUGCCAUGUUUGAUGACUGUCUGAAGAUUGUUGGACUGAGUGAAUUUGGUGACAGCAAUGAGCAGUGACAAAUAUCUAGGAAAAAUAAUCCAUUUUAUCCCAUAAACAUAGUAAAUGGUAGGUAAGAAUGGAGGAUGAUUAGGUGCGACAUCUCAUGAAAAUUCCUCGUUAGUUUACUUGGUUGCUCUUUUUCUAACUCUGUGUAUUGAACAUUUAUUAUUUUAGAUUAUUUUUAAAUAUAGCAAAAUGAUCCAAA